UGGACGAGUCGCUUGUAAAGAAACUGAAGAUAACGCUAUUGAGCCUCAAUGCAGUGCUUAAUGACGCGGAGGAGAAGCAGUUCACUAACACUUACGUCAAAGAGUGGCUUGAUGAGCUUCAAGAUGCUGUCUUUGAUGCAGAUGACCUUUUGGAUGAGGUCAAUGCUGAAGUUCUGCGAUGCAAGGUGGAAGCUGAAUAUCGAACCGUCAAAACUCAGGUGUGGAACUUCCUCUCUACUUCUCUUAAUCCUUUUUAUCAAGGCAUGAAUGCUAGGAUUCAAGAGUUGUUUGAUAGAUUAGAACACCUCGCAAAACAAAAGGAUUUCCUUGGGCUGAGAGAAGGUGUUGUUGGGAGGAAGGUUUCUCAAAGAACUCCAACAACUUCCUUGGUGGAUGAAUCUUGUGUGUACGGUAGGGAUGGAGAUAAAGAAAAGCUGAUGAAACUGUUGUUAUCUGAUGAUGCAAGCGACAAGGAUGUCUCCGUCAUCACCAUAGUGGGAAUGGGCGGGGUUGGCAAGACAACCCUCGCUCAGCUCCUUUAUAAUGAUGAAAAAGUGAAAGAGCAUUUUAAUCUUAGAACCUGGGCUUAUGUUUCGGAAGCUUUUGAUGUUACUAGGGUAACUAAGACCCUACUUGAGUCAGUCAGUUCAAAAGCUUACGAUAAUAAAGACCUGAGUUUUCUUCAAGUUGAGCUAGGACAACAAAUAAAGGGCAAGAAAUUUCUGUUUGUGUUGGAUGACCUUUGGAAUGAGAACUAUGGUGAUUUGAGUCUCUUGCAACGUCCUUUUGCAUCCGGGGCAAGUGGAAGUUGGGUCAUUGUGACAACACGUAACGAAAGUGUUGCAGCUCGCAUACGCACCGUUCCAAUUCACUUUUUGGAACAGCUGUCCAAUGAGGAUUGUUGGUUGUUACUUUCAAAACAUGCCUUCGAAAAUGGAAACUCAAGUGCACAUCUAGAGCUGGAAGAAGUUGGUAAGAAAAUUGCUUCUAAGUGCAACGGUUUACCAUUAGCUGCAGAGACACUUGGAGGCCUCUUACGUUUCAACACAAAUUUUGAGGAAUGGAAUAGCAUACUAAAUAGCAAUAUUUGGGAGUUGCCUCCUGAAAAAUGUAAUACAAUUCCAGCUCUAAGAUUGAGUUACUGUUAUCUCCCAACUCAUUUAAAACGAUGUUUUGCUUAUUGCUCAAUUUUUCCGAAGGGCUAUAAAUUCCAAAAGGAAGAUAUUGUUCUACUGUGGGUAGCAGAAAGUUUAAUUCCACAAGCUGAGAGUGAGAAAAGAAUGGAAGAGCUCACUAAGAAAUACUUUGAUGACCUAUUAUCACGAUCAUUUUUUCAAAGAUCAAGAUAUGAGGAAUCAAAGUUCACAAUGCAUGAUCUCAUCAAUGACUUAGCUAUGUCUGUGGCUAGGGAAUCCUGUUUGAGAUGGGAAGGGGGCGAAUCACAUGAAGUUUUGAAAAGAGUUCGGCAUUUGUCGUAUGUUAGGGGGGAAUUUGAUUGUGCUGCGAAAUUUGAGCCAUUAUAUAAGGUUAAGAAUUUGCGAACCGUCCUAACUCUAGGAAGCAAGAGAAUGGAUUUGGACUCAUGUAAGUAAAAGGGUUUUACAUGAGU